AGGUUGACCUUAAAAGCAACUCCACAAACCAGAAAGUCCAGUUCCCAUUUCUCAGCUGGUACCGGGAAGCUUCCAGCUUCCUCAACCAGCAACACAUAAGACACAGAGAGCUACAUGAGCAGUAUCUCUCAAGCUGCUCCACAGGUGUGGUGUCAGAAUGAUUAAGAACCAGAAGAGCGCAAGUAGGCCAUCCCACUUAGGGAACAAAAGCGGCAAUGCAGUAUUCUACAAACCAAUCGGAAAAACGGCAGAAGUCAGAUCCGGAUACAUGUUGAAGUCCCCUCCCCCAAAACGGUUGAAAACAGAGAAAUCAUGGAAGAAGCGGUAUUUUGUGCUGUUCAAAAUCGGCGAGGAAGAGCACCUGCUGAAGUACUUCAAGGGUCCAGACGAAAAGGACAUGCCUCUCGGAGGGAUCGACUUAUCCCAAAUCUCGGUGUUGCAUGUGGGCCCUGAUAAACACCAGAAGUGGAAUUGGGUCCAGAAGACGCACAGGUGCUCGGCGUCCUGUGUGCUCCUCAUCAGGGCGGCCGAGCGGGACUACUUCCUCGUGGCCGACAACAGUGAGGAGGCUGACGGAUGGUUCGCCGACCUCUACGAAGCCCUGAAAAACCGGCCACAUCGAAUUCAGAGUCCAGAGGAAAUGUCUUUCGGUCUGCCAGCGGUUGAGGCUGAUUCACACCACGUCUCAUGGAAAACUAAGUCUGGAGGCGCGCCUUUGGAGCCGAGCCGAAACCACGCCCGCCACCACAGGCACCAUCUUGGAUUCAUCGAGAAUGACAACGUCACUCAAACGUUUGUGGGAACAUUCUUGACAGAAGGGAAAAUUCGGUCAGAGUCUGAUCCGUGCUCAAAGGCUGAGUAUAUCUACUCCGAGAAGCCAAAGGCUGAAGACCAGGCCAGAAGGCGCGCGUCGGAGCCUUUGAAUCCGAUCUACGACUAUCCGAGGGCCUUCAUAACUAAAGCACACGAGGACAAUACCACGACUCGAAGGAAAAGCGACGAAGCAAUAUACGAAUCAAUGUACGAAAUGAGAAAAAAAGCACGAGCGGCGCAGGCAGCCUUGGAUUUACAGAGUGAGAGUGGGCAUGAAUAUGAAGAAAUUAACACGGGCACCCUGAUGAGGUCUGUCACGAAAGCCUUCGAAAAGAUGAGGACACACAUCACCGGACUGCCUUCCUUCGAUGAGGAAACAGCUGAUGAGCACAGAAGAGAACAGAGUCUGACAUCCGACUUCAGCAGCAGCUCCAGUGACAACGGCGCCGUCUCUGCUGAGGAGAUGCUGGAGGACCAAAAGCUGCAAACACCAAAGCGCUCUGCUGAUAGAGACACUGAUUUCCAGCAGGAGAAUAAAAGAGAUUUUCAAGUCCUGCUUGCAGAUUUGAAAAAACACCUCACAGUAACAGACGUGGAAAGGAUACCAAAAAAAGAAAAGCGUCUGACACCGUACUUCAACAGCAGCUCCAGUGUCAGCGGAGCCGUCUCUGCUGUGGAGGUGCAGGAGGAUGAAAACGGGCAGACACAGGAGAGACUUGGCUCUAUUGGAAGAGAUGUUCUAGUCAAGCAGGCAGAUUUGAAAAAAACCCUUGCAGUACCAGAGGUGGAAAGGAAACCAAGAAAAGAAAGGCGUCUGACACCGUACUUCAACAGCAGCUCCAGUGACAGCGGAGCCGUCUCUGCUGUGGAGGUGCAGGAGGAUAAAAACGGGCAGACACAGGAGAUACAUGGAUCUGUUGGAAGAGAUGUUCUAGUCAAGCAGGCAGAUUUGAAAAAACCUCUUACAGUACCAGAGGUGGAAAGGAAACCAAGAAAAGAAAGGCGUCUGACACCGUACUUCAACAGCACCUCCAGUGACAGCGGAGCCGUCUCUGCUGUGGAGGUGCAGGAGGAUAAAAACGGGCAGACACAGGAGAGACGUGGAUCUGUUGGAAGGGAGACAGAUUUUCUAGUCAAGCACGCAGAUUUGAAAAAACACCUCACGCUAACAGAAGUAGAUGGGAACCCAAGGGUGUCCGGGUGGACGUGCCAGCCACAGACAGUGUGCCUGUUUCACCAAGAAGACCAAAUCCUGGCCAUCAACGACCUGGAGAUCGGCAGCCUGCAGGAAUUCAACGAGUACUUGAGCAAGUGUCGCAAAAACGAGGUGAAAGUGACCACCCUGCGUCUACCUGGGAGCCAGCCUUUGCAUUCCCCGCACUGCCCCUGCAGUGACUGAGCGUAGCGGCCAUUUGUGCUUUAGACCAAUUAAACACUGUAUCACUGUUGUGUUUGUGUCACGCAGCGAGAGAUUGUACUGUCCAGGCAAUCGGUUCCUUCUGUUCACAUUUUAUUUCCAAAGGAAGCAACAAACACGUCCCAUUGGCUUGUGGCUGCUCACCCUUGCUGCUAAAAAAAAAACCCAGAUGCAUGCUGGUCCCAUACCUGGCUAUGCCCUUAAAUAACCUCCAGGUCCACACACUAUUACCCAAUUAGUGACCAAAACUACGUAUACUUAGUGACGAAAAAUGCUUAAACCCAAUUGACCACAAAUGCAGAAAAAGCUAUCUUAAUGCUACAUCGACCCAAGAAAUUAAACAAUAAUAUUUAAGAAUAAAUAACUAAACAGUAGCUCCCACAGACAGUAUUACAACAAUGACUUGCAGUUAAGGUUUCUGGGAACAAAAGCCAGAGGUUUUACUGAAACACGCUUCCUCAUACUACUCGUGUGACGCUGAAGGAAAAACAUUCUCUCGAUACACACAAACGCAAUUGUGACGGUGGGGGGGGG